AUGUCUCCUCCCUCUCAUCUCCUCUCCUCUGCUCACCCUAAGUCUCCUAUCAUCCCCUCCCCUCCUCUCUCUCCCUCAUCUGCUGAUAAAUCUCCCAUUUGCCCUAUGUCUCCUAUCCCAUCCCUCCCCUCCUCCUCUCCUCUUUCUAUCCAUUGUCCUCCUCUCCUCUCCUCUUUUUAUCCAUUGUCCUCCUCUCCUCUCCUCUCCCUCCCCUCCUCUGCUGAUAAAUCUCCCAGUCUCCUCCUCUCCCCUUCUUUCCUUUCCUCUCCUCUCUCUCCCUCCUUUGCUUAUAAAUCUCCCUUUCGCCCUGACCUGCCCCUUGCCCCCCCUCCUCUAUCACCUCCCCCCUCCCCUCUCACCUCUCCUCCUCUCUGUCCCUGUCAGCCUGAUGCAGUGGUGACCUCCUGGUGCUACGGGAGCCCAGAGGGGACAUGGAGACAAACGAGGAGGUGCAGGACGUCCAUCCUGAUCUUGGGGCGUGGCCAUGUUGUUCUCGCCGUGUAA